AUGCGUCGUCUGUUGUGCACUGCGCUGCUCUUGCUGUGUUGUGCCUACGGGUGCAUUGCAGCUGUUGUGCAGCCGCUACCAAAGAGAGGACAGGGUCCCUGGGAUACGUACACCCUCUCUGUUCCUGGUGGUGUUGAUCUUGAGAGGAAAAAAGAGGGGUUUCAACCUAUUCGUUUUGCCGUUUCUGCCAAAGAAAUUGAUAGGAUAGUGAAGAACUGUGAACAUAAUGGUGGUGAAUGGGAUGUUGAAUAUGAUGAUACAAAAGACUAUGGAUUUAAACUUAAUAUUAAGGAAAUCAACACUAAUUUUUGCGAUGGGCCCAACGAGGUAACAGCGUAUAGGAGAAAAACGCUUUUAAGAGAAGUUCUUCCUGCUGCUCUCAAGUUACACAGUGAACGUCUCAGUGUUGAACGUGUGGAGGAUAUGUUAAAGUUACCUUUUAAUGAAACACAUCCGUAUCCAGUUUUGCCCAAUUGUACAGAUGUCUCAAUUCCAAAGGACCAUAUAAAAGGUAUUCCCAAUGCUGAUUUUAUGCUGUAUGUGGGUCUUAUAGAUGAGCAUCAACCCCCAAAGAUUUGUUCUAGAAAUACAAAGGGUCGCCCGACAUCUGCUUUGAUUAAAUUCGUUCCAGAGGAAAUUGAUGCAACGAGGCACUACAUUCGUUUUACUGCACAUGAGGUUGCACAUGCUCUUGGAUUUGAAAUUGAAAUGAUGAAGGAGCAUGUCAAGGAAGGAAAAGAAACGACGGGGAAAAAGAAAGUCCGUUUGGUGACAUACCCUACUGUGAUCGAGAAAAUGAAGGAUCAGUAUAAAUGUACUAAUGAUGAGGGUGAUAAUGAAAUAACGGGAAUGGCUUUAGAGAAUGAAUUUACUCCAGGGGCACCGCUGCACUGGGAACGUCGAAUUGCGAAGGAUGAGUUGAUGAGUACGUACAGCGGCAGCAGCAAUGGAAUGUUCUACACCGCACUAACACUUGCUGUAUUUGAUUCUAUGCCGUUCUACAAGGCCGAGUUCAAAAUGGCUGAAAAUAUGAGUUGGGGCAAGGAUGCUGGUUGUGAUUUUCUGAAGGGCAAUGACAAAGAAGAUUACAAACAAACAAAACCCAACAAGUACUCUGAAAUGUUCUGCGAUGAAGUAAAUCCUGCUCUGCAAUGCACUUCUGACCGUUUUUCACUUGGAAUGUGCUCGAUGAAGCCGUAUGGGGUCAAGAUACCUCUUGACUAUGAAAUGUAUUUUCCCCCAGUUCUCAAUGACCCUGAUGAUGACCUGAUGGAUGGUUAUACUAUUAUUAAACCGAUUCCUAAGACAAAUUGUGAGGAGGAUAAGUUCAACCUGAUACCUGGCAGUAUACUGAGCAAUAUCUCUCGAUGUCUGAAAGGUGACAAGCUGAAACUGAAAGAACCAAACGAAAAUAAUCUUACUGUUGGUGACAUUUGUGCGGAUGUGAAGUGUGAGAAAGACACCAAGAAAAUAUUGGUGCAGUACAGUGGUUCCGAGAAAUGGCGUGUAUGCGAAGAUGGUAAGAAAAUUGAAGUCACGGGCAGCACAGAGUUUGCAAGUGGAAGCAUCUUGUGUCCCAACUACACUGAAGUAUGCAAUGACUUUCCUGAAGUUAAGGAUAUUAACUUCACAAUUGAAUAUGAUGAGGAUGAGAAAGAGCGAAUAAAGAAAGAGGAGGAGGAGAAAGACGAGAUGGACGUAGAGACACAGGAAGCGGAAGAGGAAACGCUUGAGGAAGAGAGAGAAAGAGAGAAAGAGAGAGAAAGAGACGAAGACAAAGAAAAUGCAAAACAUCCCGAACCAUCCCCACCGACACGUUCACAACGGGCGCCACAGACCAACCCACAACCAAAUCCGAGAGAAAACCCUACAUCAGAAGUGACCGUAGAACAUGGGGGUUCAGAUGUAGCUAAUAAAGGAAAUGGUACAUCACAUGUACCUACUGCACCAUCACAGGCAGAAGACCAAAGGGAUUCAGCAGGAGGGGGUAAAGAGGAGGUUGCUCUACCUCAUCCAGCUGUACCUGAGCCACAACUUGAGAGGGAGGAGAAACAAGCUCACGAGAACAGUAACAACAACAACACUGGUGGUCUACAACCGCAACAACCCACUUUAUCUGCACAAGAGAAUUCCAGUGAACCCGUCAAGAAGCCUGAAGUGGAAAAUAUGCCCACCACUGAGACCCCGACGCCUGUCGUUUCUAAACCCACUAUUACUCUGGAUGACACAGCUUCAAUCAAGGAGGAGGAUAAUAAUAAUAAAACGGAAAGCAGUGAACAAGUGCAAGGAACAAUAACACAGCCUCCCACACAAGAUGGGAACGAUGAGACAAAGCCCACAGUUGAUCCAGUUCGUUCCCCAGAAGAUGUUGAGAGUCCUUCCACCAGUGACGAGAAAAGGAAUGAAACCAUUGUGAAUACUGACAACAACGCAACAACGAGUACUAAUCCAGUUGAGAAUGCUCAAACUGAAACCUCAGCCCCAACAUCAACUCCUGAUCUGUCAGAGACAAUCAUUGCAAGUAGCGAGGAGAACAUUCACACAACAACAUCGAGCAUACCAGAGAAUGUAAACGCAUCUGCUGCUCAUGCCACUUUGACGGGACUAAACAACACUCGGAUGGGACAAGCGCUAAACCAGGCGACCACCAUUGCUAUUGUGGGUGCUGACAGCAGUAUUGCCACUUCAUACCAAAUCUCUCUUUUGCUUAUUGUGUCUGCUCUGGUGGCUCUGGCAUCCCCAUGA